GGACUUACAGACUUCACGGUGCAGACAAUUUUAGGGUUUUAAAAGGGUUUUAAUUCCCAUUUUCACUAUCCGGGAGGAAGAUGGCUUCUUCUCUGAUGGCGGUACGGCGUACACGAAGCCCGACAACAACACUGAUGUCUUCUCUCAUCAAGGUACGAUUUUCUCCUCUCCGUCUCACUUUCAGUCAUCCCUGCAAUGGAAAAACCGUAACCCGAACUUCAACCAGAGCCCUGAGCACCUCUGCAAUCCCAAAUGAAUACCAGAAUCCACAAUCGCCUCCUUAUCCCGAACAGUCAUCACUGUCUCAGUCUGAUUCCAGGGCUUUUCAGGGUCAGAUGAACCCUAAUCAGCACUUGAAUGCUCAGAGGCAGAAUACCUCUAACCCUAAUUUUAAUCAAUGGACCCCAGAAAACCAGGGGUAUAACUCAAAUCAAUGGAAUCCACAUACUCAAAACCAGAAUAGAGGAUAUCCUAAUCAGGGACAGGGUUAUCCCAAUAUUACACAGGCUCAUAACCAGCCUUACUCUCCUCAAGGUGGAUAUGGGGAUGGUCAGUUCAACUACCAAAACCAGAAUAGAGUGUAUCCUAAUCAGGGACAGAGUGAUCCCAGUCGGAAUCAGGCUCAGAACCAGCUUUACCCUCCUCAAGGUGGCCAUGGUGAUGCUCAAGUCAGUUAUCAAAACCAGAACAGGGGAAACCCUAAUCAGGGACAGAGUUAUCUGAAUCGAGGAUAUCCUGGACAGAGCCGUCCUCAACAGCAAACCCCGAAUCAGUGGACUCAACAAAGUCAAAACCCUACUCAGUUCACCAACCCCAGCAGCAUGAAUCAAGGGCAGGUUGCGGUUCCUGCGCCUCCUGCUCCUACUCCGCCUGCUCCAGCGCCUCCUUCAGUGGCUGAUAUACUUCGUUUAUGCCAAGAGGGAAAGUUUAAAGAUGCCGUUGGCUUGCUGGACGAGGGAGCUAAAGCUGAUGGAGAGUGUUUCUUUGUUCUGUUUGAGUCAUGUGGGAAACUGAAGUCACUUGAACAUGCCAAAAAAGUUCAUGAUUACUUUUUGCAGUCAACUUUUAGGGGUGAUCUUAAGUUGAACAACAAAGUGAUUGAAAUGUAUUCAAAGUGUGGGAGUAUGACGGAUGCAAGGAGAGUUUUUGAUCACAUGUUGAAUAGGAAUAUGGACUCAUGGCAUUUGAUGAUUGAUGGGUAUGCUGAUAAUGGAAUGGGAGAUGAUGGAUUGCAGUUGUUUGAACAGAUGAGGAAACUACAAAUGAAACCCGAAGAGAAAACUUUCCUUUCAGUUUUCUCAGCGUGUGCAACUGCCGAUGCAAUAGAAGAAGCAUUUUUACAUUUUGAUUCAAUGCAGACUGAAUAUGGAGUCACUCCAGGUGUUGAGCAUUAUCUGGGUCUUUUAGGUGUUCUUGGAAAAUGCGGGCAUCUUAUGGAGGCUGUAGAUUAUAUUCACAAGUUGCCAUUCAAGCCCACUGAAGAAUUUUGGGAGGCAAUGAGGAACUACGCUCGUAUUCACGGAGAUAUUGAUUUGGAAGACCAUGCUGAGGAGUUAAUGCUCAAUCUCGAUCCAGCAAAGGCAGUUGCUAAUAAGAUCCCAACACCCCCACCGAAGAAGCGUACUGCAAUAAGCAUGCUUGAUGGGAAGAAUAGGAUCAGUGAAUUUCGGAAUCCAACACUUUAUAAGGAUGAUGAGAAAUUGAAGGCCAUGGCUAGAAUGAAAGAUGCUGGCUACGUGCCUGACACAAGAUAUGUACUUCACGACAUUGAUCAGGAGGCCAAGGAGCAAGCUUUGCUGUAUCACAGUGAAAGAUUGGCAAUUGCAUAUGGUCUGAUCAGUACUCCAGCGAGGACGACUCUUAGGAUCAUCAAGAACCUCCGUGUGUGUGGAGACUGUCACAAUGCCAUCAAGAUCAUGUCCAAGAUUGUUGGAAGGGAACUAAUUGUGAGGGAUAAUAAACGGUUCCAUCAUUUCAAAGAUGGUAAGUGUUCUUGUGGAGACUACUGGUGAACAUAUAUUUAUAUAUCCACAAUACGAAUAUGACAUGGUUUGUAGAGUUACUGGAAUCAUCCGGCCAUAUGGGAUUCUGCGAAUGGAAGGGCUAGAGCUGCAAGUGUUUGGAAAUGAACCAGUCAUGGCCUUAUAAUGUAUGAAUCGGUUGUGUUCCAAAAGCUCAAUCAAUUAAUGAGUUUUCUUUUUGCAUCAACUGAUGGCUUAGUCUUUUCAUAACCUUAAAUCUUUCUUUUAUGCAAAUAUGUCUGAAGAUAGCUGCAACUAGAAAUUUGCAUUGGGAAGUUGCAAAUUCUUGUUCCAUUGGUCUGUAGAGUGCAGAUUAUAUCUCAAUUAUGGAAUAAAUACAAAAUUGAAUUCCUCCUA